GGGCCGGCCCCGGCUGCUGUGCCCUCCUGUUUGGAGGGGAAGGGCCCCGGGGAGCGGGCGGCCAUCCUCCACCAGCACCUCGGCCGCAGGGAGAUGACCGACGUGAUCAUUGAGACCAUCCAGCCGCGGCCAGAUGAAACAAAAGCUGCCAUGGAAGGAAGAAAAUCUUCAGAGGCUGCAUUUGCCGAGGACAAAAAUAAACAUGACGAUCAAAGUAAAGAGCGUGAGGCUGCUCCAGACUCGCCUUCAAAACAGCUCCCUGACCAGAUUUCCUUCUUCAGCGGGAAUCCCUCAGUUGAAAUCGUUCACGGCAUUAUGCAUCUGUACAAAACAAACAAGAUGACCUCUUUAAAAGAAGAUGUAAGGCGCAGCGCCAUGCUUUGUAUCCUCACUGUCCCUGCUACGAUGACCAGUCAUGACCUGAUGAAGUUUGUGGCUUCCUUCUAUGAAGUAAUUGAGCACAUGAAAAUCAUCCGAGAUUCCACUCCAAACCAGUACAUGGUGCUGAUAAAGUUUAGCUCGCAGGCUGAUGCAGAUAGCUUUUAUAUGGCAUGCAAUGGGCGGCAGUUCAACUCUAUAGAGGAGGAUGUUUGCCAGCUGGUGUACGUGGAAAGGGCUGAAGUCUUCAAAUCAGAAGAUGGGGCCAGCCUGCCUGUGAUGGAUCUGACAGAGCUCCCGAAGUGCACAGUGUGCCUGGAGAGGAUGGAUGAGUCCGUGAACGGGAUCCUUACCACGCUGUGUAACCACAGCUUUCAUAGCCAGUGUCUGCAGCGGUGGGAGGACACCACGUGUCCUGUCUGCAGAUACUGCCAAACGCCUGAGCCAGUGGAAGAGAACAAGUGUUUUGAGUGUGGAGUUCAAGAAAACCUUUGGAUCUGCUUAAUAUGUGGGCACAUAGGCUGUGGCCGGUACGUGAGUCGACAUGCUUACAAACACUUUGAGGAGACCCAGCACACCUACGCAAUGCAGUUGACCAACCACAGAGUCUGGGACUAUGCUGGAGAUAACUACGUCCAUCGACUGGUUGCAAGUAAAACUGAUGGGAAGAUAGUUCAGUAUGAAUGCGAGGGAGAUAUGUGUCAGGAAGAGAAAAUUGAUGCCUUACAAUUAGAGUACUCAUAUUUGCUAACAAGCCAGCUGGAAUCGCAGCGAAUCUAUUGGGAAAACAAGAUUGUCCGAAUAGAAAAGGAUACGGCUGAAGAGAUUAACAACAUGAAGACCAAAUUUAAAGAGACCAUUGAGAAGUGUGACAGUCUGGAACAGAGGCUGAAUGACUUGCUCAAAGAAAAGCAGUCUGUCGAAAGGAAGUGUUCUCAGCUGAAUAACAAAGUGGCUAAACUUUCCAACGAGCUGAAGGAGGAGCAAGAACUGAACAAGUGUUUGCGAGCGAAUCAAGCCUUGCUUCAGAACAAACUAAAGGAGGAGGAGAGAGUGUUAAAGGAAACCUGCGAACAGAAGGACCUGCAGAUCUCCGAGAUCCAGGAGCAGUUGCGGGAUGUCAUGUUCUACUUAGAGACACAACAGAAAAUCAAUCACCUCCCAGCUGAGACCCGACAGGAGAUUCAGGAAGGACAAAUCAACAUUGCAGUGGCAUCUUCUGCCAGCUCCUCCACGGGGGGCACGGGCAAACCUUCUUCCAGGAGAGGCCGUGGCAAGAGGGGCAAAUGAAAAUCAGGGUGCCCUGCUCCCAUCCUGAAACUGGCCAUGCUGGUGGUAGGCCAGGCUCACCUCCUGGGACUCCGGCUGGGAACGCCCAGUUCACUAAAGCUCAGCUAGAAAUUAUCUUCGGAGCUGCUCAUAAAACUGGCUGCCAGUCAAUGGAGGUGUCUGUGGUAUUUAAAAGCAUUUCACUGCACUAUUUAGCUAUUUUUAGGCAGAUCUUAAUGACCAUUUUGCCUUCCGACCUUUUCGAAGCCCCUCCUAUCAUGCAUUUGACUUUCAUCUUGGAGAGUGUACUGUUUUGGGGUGGGUGGGUGUGUACAUGUUAAACAUCGCAUUCUCUAAGGGGAUGCUGUAGAGUAGGCUAGGCCCAGUGUGUAAGGCUUCUCCAGUUCUUCUCCUGGAUUAAAGGUAUUCUCAAUUAAGAAAUUAUUUUAUUUAAUAAACAGUGUAAAUUAGAUUAUAUACAUCUCCUUUCAGUAUGUGUAGUCCUGACACGACAGAUCUGCUAGUGCAGGAGUAGAACUGUAGUUUGGAAAUAAAAAGGAGUGAGGUGUGGAAAAUAAACCAUCUUAGUGGUGUAAGAAACUGAACGAGUCCUAAAGGCUUGUAAUCUAGGAUAUUAAACACUUUAAGGGACUUUGCUACUAUCUGUUUCUUCAUUUUAAAGAUGGCCUUUGAAAGGCCAGAGCUUGCUGCCUUUGGGGCAGAAAGCAUGGAAGUUUUAUAUUCUGGAAACUGUUUAACGGGGCUAUUUUACAGGCAUUUCUACAAAUUAAACAGAGCCGUCUUUGCGAAGACUGGUACACGUUACAUAUUAACAGCUGCCGCAGUGUUCUGAUCCUCCUGGCGCGGGGCGCGUAUGCGUUCCCUCCAUGAGCUGCACUAGGGGUGUGUUGGCAUAAGCUCCAGUGCUGCAAUCCUCAAAACGAGGUGAGGAGAAUGACUAACGCAGUGUUUUUACAAACUCUCUUCCUCCAUGCCUGUACCCAGCCUUUGCAGUAGCUGCCGGCCCCGCGGUGCUGUGGAGCUGAGCGCGCUGCCCUGCGACUGGACCCUCGCCGCUAGAUGCAGCUGUUGUAUCCAGUUACUGUGGUCACCUAGCGCUGCCUGUUCCGCUCUGAAACGAGGCUCUGUCCAAAAUCUCGGCUGGCAAAACUUUUGUGUUAUUUGCCGCAAAGGUACGCAGAUCCUGCAAGGGAAAUUUGAGGACAAAUCUGGGUUUGGUUUGGGUUUUUUGUUGUUGUUGUUGGUUUUUACUUAGAAUAUAUACCAGGCUUGAUGCUCUGGGGUGGGAAGAGUUUUACCCUGGCUGGAGAAGCGACUGUCCUGGUAGCUGUGUUGUGCUCAGCAAUCUGAGCGUUUAAAGGCUAAUCCUUUAUUAAAAAUGGCUGGGGGAGUCCCGCAGUUGUCUUUUCAGACCACAGUAUGAUCCUUUUCUGUUGUUGAAACUGCAGGAACAGCCUUGAUCUUAGUCUGUAACACUGAAAAUGCAGCUCUGACUUACCAGCUCCAAACUGGAACAAAGAAAUAAAACAGCUAGUCCUUUAUUGCUAGAAGUUGUUCUUUUUGGCCAAUUGGAAGGAAAGAGUUACAAUAAAUAGAAUGACUCUCAGAAGGUGAGUCGUUAUAAUCUGCUUCCUGACUUUAUGGACUGGAAGCGUUGAACUUCCUCACUUUGAAAUAAAGGGCGCUUGUUUGUGCACUCAUUGCAUCCACUGCUUGGGUUUGGACAUCUGCCCCAAUCAUCUGGAACUUCUACCUUUUCUAACUUUGUAGCAUGAAUGUACACUAACUCUUUUCUAGCGUGUGGAUUGUACAACCAGGCCUCUGCCUUCUGUAAAUUAUUCUAAGGACCUAGAGAUGUACAACACAGCUUGCUCUCCUAUAGAAACUAUUUUAUUUAAGAUAUAUUUUUACACCAUCUAAGAUCCUCUGACCUUUUGCUGAAAGCUUGCUUUGUGUAGAGCACUAAGAUGCUGUACUGUAUCUUGGAAUUCAUUUUCAAAAAACGCGAUUGAAAAUUAAAAGAGUGUGCAGU